CCAUUUUAUUUUGCAUGCAUUACUGAGUUUCAAACAUGAACACAAAUAGUGGUGACCAACUGAAAGCAGCAGCUCAAACAGGUGAUAUAGAUCUCCUUUACACAGUAAUUCAUCAUGAUCCAUGGAUUUUGGAGAAUAUAGAUUCAAUACCAUUUGUUGAAACUCCAUUGCACAUCGCCGCAUCUUUGGGGCAUAUCCGAUUUGCCAUUGAAAUUAUGAAAUUGAAACCUUCCUUAGCUUUGAAGCUAAAUCCGCAAGGAUUCAGCCCCGUUCAUCUCGCUAUGCAAAACGACCAAAAGAGGAUGUUGUUUCGGUUUGUUUGCAUGAAUAAUGAUCUAGUUAGAAUCGAAGGGAGGGAAGGCUUAACUCUUCUUCAUUUUGCAAGUCAAAUUGGUGAGGUUGACUUUUUAGCUAAAUUCCUCUUUGUUUGUCCGAGAUCCAUUGAAGAUGUGACUGGGAAGGGUGAGACUGCACUGCAUAUUGCUGUUAAGAACGAACAGUAUGAGGCUCUUGAUCUUCUUGUUUGCUUUCUUAGAAAAAGUAUCGUGAGAGGUGCUAAGAUGAUUCAAAAUAAAAUUGUAAAUUGGAAGGAUGAGGAUGACAACACCAUUUUGCAUAUUUUAGCACAGAGAAAUUUCGAGCCAGAGGUAGUAAAGGCACUUGGAUUGUUGUUAAAGAUUGGGAUAAAUUUGAAGGCAAAGAACAUGGAGAAUAAAACUGCGUUGGACAUGGCAGCCAAUGUAGAUAUAAGGAGUAUAUUGCUGUGUACUGGAGCAAAAUCAAACUCACAAAUCACCAAUGCUCCCACACUGGCACAUAAACUCAGAUCAAAUAUCACAAUUAGAGAUAAAAUGACAACUAAUAUAUUUCGCACUGGAAGUAAUAUAUUAGAGGAACAACGUAACACUUGUUUGAUAGUUGCAACUCUUGUUGCAACAGCCACCUAUCAAUCAGCAUUGAGUCCCCCUGGUGGAAUUUAUCAGGUUAGUGCUUAUGAUGACAUUAAUGUGAACAUCACUUCCUCCAACUCUACUAUUUCUACACCUAAAAAUGCUGGGCAUUCAGUCUUGUCAGGAGCAGAAUUCGGUCUGUUCUUAAUUUUGAAUAUGACUUCCUUUUUGGGAUCAGUUAUGGCAAUAGUUAUUAUGAUACCAAGAGGAACAAUAGAAGGUGCAGUGGGUUAUCCAGUGCUCUCUUUUGCCUUAAGUUAUUUAUUUUCUAUGAUGAAGAUAUCCCCUACUCAUGCCUAUUUAAUGAUUGUUUCAAUCAUUUUUCUUUCAAUUGCUAUUGUCUCGGAGUUUAAUAUUUUUUCAAGAAUGUACUGUGAUCUUAAGUCCGUAAUUGUUAAGAAAUUGAAUAGAUGAUAGUUAAAGAAAUAUUGUGGCAAUAGGAGAAACAUCAAUCAUUGUUAUGAUCAAGAGAUAGAUAGAUGGUGUACGCUCCCUAAUGAUAUCUGCAACUCAGACUGCUGCUCGAAUUCAAAGACAAUAUCGCAAAUUUGCAAUUUUCCUUGUUACUGUCAACUUUAGAUAGUUGUGAGUGAUUCCAUGUAUUAAAUAUUUUAGACAUAUAGUUUGCUUUCUAUUCAAUUCAAUGUAUGUGUAUUAGUAAUUGUUGUAUGGAAGGAAAUUGAC